CCUGCCUGUCUGAAGGGGGGCUUCGGAGCCACCGAGAGGGAGAAGGGAAGGCAGUGGCGGGGCGAAGUCAGCGCCAGGCCCAAUUGAGGCCCCGGUUGAGGCCUACUUGGUUGGCGGCCCUGAGGAGAGGAGGAGGAGAAAGGAGACGGCGGACGGGUGGGGCCGUGUGUGGGUGGGGCCGCCUCCUCGGCCGGUCUCCGCCUUUUUGCCUUCCUUCCCUUUUCCCCAUUUCUUUCUGUCGGCCCCGAGCAGAGGCUGAGAGGAGAAGGACCAGGAGAGCCUGAGAGGCGUCUGUUUUGGCCUCUCAAUCUCGUCGAGGCCGCUUCUCUGAGGGAGUUGUAGCGCCACAUCUUCCUCUUCUGCUCCAUCCUCUUCUUCUUCCACUCCUUCAUCUUCUCCAUCUUCCUCCUCCUCUUCCAGGACACCAUCAAGGCCCACACUUUGCCUCCUAAGAGACCACGGCUGUGUGGAGACAUGAAGAUCAAAGAUGCCAAGAAACCUUCUUUUCCCUGGUUUGGCAUGGACAUUGGGGGAACCCUAGUGAAGCUUGCAUAUUUUGAACCUAUUGAUAUUACUGCAGAAGAAGAGCAGGAAGAGGUUGAAAGUUUGAAGAGUAUUCGCAAAUAUCUGACCUCCAAUGUAGCUUAUGGGUCCACUGGUAUUCGAGAUGUUCACCUUGAACUCAAGGACUUGAUACUCUUUGGCCGAAAGGGAAAUUUGCACUUUAUCCGAUUCCCAACCCACGAUUUGCCUACUUUUAUUCAAAUGGGAAGAUGUAAAAACUUCUCAACACUGCAUACGGUGCUGUGUGCCACUGGCGGUGGUGCCUAUAAGUUUGAAGAAGAUUUUCGCACAAUUGGAGAUCUCCAGCUGCACAAACUGGAUGAACUUGACUGCCUUGUCAAAGGCUUGUUGUAUAUAGAUUCUGUCAGUUUUAAUGGCCAGGCUGAAUGCUACUAUUUUGAAAAUGCAUCAGAACCUGAAAGAUGCCAAAAGAUGCCUUUUAAUUUGGAUGAUCCAUAUCCGCUGCUGGUUGUAAAUAUUGGUUCAGGAGUCAGUAUUUUAGCUGUCCAUUCCAAAGACAACUAUAAGAGAGUCACUGGAACAAGUUUAGGUGGUGGGACCUUUCUUGGUUUGUGUAGUUUACUGACUGGAUGUGAAAGCUUUGAAGAAGCCCUGGAAAUGGCAUCCAAAGGGGAUAGCACCCAUGCUGACAAGCUAGUCCGGGAUAUUUAUGGGGGUGACUAUGAACGGUUUGGUCUUCCAGGUUGGGCAGUGGCAUCUAGUUUUGGGAACAUGAUCUACAAGGAAAGACGUGAAUCAGUUAGUAAAGAAGACCUGGCUAGAGCAACGUUGGUUACUAUCACCAAUAACAUCGGAUCUAUAGCUCGCAUGUGUGCUGUAAAUGAGAAAAUAAACCGUGUCGUCUUUGUCGGUAACUUUUUACGUGUGAAUACGUUGUCAAUGAAGCUUUUGGCAUAUGCACUGGAUUAUUGGUCCAAAGGCCAGCUGAAGGCUUUGUUCCUAGAACACGAGGGCUACUUUGGUGCAGUUGGUGCCCUCCUUGGAUUGCCAAAUUUCAGCUGAAUCUCAAAGCAUCGCAAUACUGAACUAUUCCUUACCUUUUUGGCAUUGUUACAACACUGUUUUUAUAUCAACUGGAACCAAAGGGGAAAAGGGCCGCAGUCUUUCUAUAAAUGUCUUUAACUGUAAGAAUGGUAAACUGUCUCAAUAAGAUCCCAAGUGUGAAACCUGGGAGUUUCUGUAGGAAGCGCCUUGUGGUUUUGUUGUGUGGUGUCCUCUUACAUGGUUGUCAAACCCAUGGUCUUCCAAAUAAUGUUGAACUUCAGCUCCCAUCAGUCCUGCCCAGUGUAGUCAGUGAUCAGGUAUGAUGAAAGCUGUGUUCAGCAAUGUGUGGGGUGCACCAGGCUUCUCAUGUCCACUUUUAGCAAAUGUUACACAUUCAUUGUGCAUCACAGCCUCUAAAAUAUGGAUCUCAAAAGCAGACUUGGAAGAUUAGCCUUUGCUGUCGAAAGCUCUGAUUAAAUUCAAAUACAUAUCUGAUGCCAUUAAUUUUCCUUAAGGCUGCUUGGUUGCCUUUCCUUGUGCAAGACUAAUAGCCGCCUUCUCAGUGUUCAUUUUGGUCAUAAUUCUCCAUUAUCUCAAAAAAAUGACCUUUGCCAUUUCCAAGUGACAGCUACUAAAAACAAAGUUCCUUGAAGCAGUGGAGUUUCUGUGGAAAGGAGAUUUCAAAGUGUUGGAAUACUGUAGAUAAUUCAAACUUUUGAAUAUUAAGUUUUGCAGAAAAAAUAAUAAAAAAACACAUCAGCAAAAACUUGACAUGGUUGAUUUAAUGUGAACUAAGCAGCUGUGAAUACAUUUAAAUAGAACUAAUAAUUGUGUGAUUAGUCAGGUUUUAUUAUGCUCUGCUCAUUAACCCUAAUGAUUAACUGGUACUGAAUAUACAAAAGGAAAAUCUUUAAAGGUUUUUCAGGAUUUUUGAAGAUGACUGUUCCUAAAAAUCUGUAUCUAAAAAUCACCCAAAAAGAUCCACUAAUGUGACUACUGUGAAAUCAGUGUAAUAAAUAAUUGAGUCACAGUGGUUCUUAUUGGGGGGGGGGGGGGGGGGAGCCUCCUGUGCAGUAAAUCAGUUUAUUUAAGAACAAUCAACAUUUCAUCCAAUGAACCUGAGGCAGAUUUUGGCCUUCAAGCUUUAUGGCAGCUUUAGAGGUUUUACUGAAGAAAGAUUCAGUGUCCACUAGACUCUGAUCCCAAGUAUCCUACAUGCUGCAACAGUGUGGCCUUGAGAUACAGCUCUACACAUUGGAGCUUCUCUUGUGUUUGGACUGUGCUGUUUCAGAUGUGAUUGUAAACAUUUACAAUAGAGGUAUUUUAAGGAGAUUGCUGAAGCCAAAGCUUUACGAUAUGGUUUACGAAACCCAAAAUCAUCUCAGAAGAAGUAAAAUUUCUAUGCACAGGGAUGUAUCAUUGUAUCCUGAAGGGAUAUGUAGUUAUCUAAUCCAUGAAUGAUGUCUUCUAUAGGAGGGUUGACUAUUCUGACUAGAGCUCAUAGAGCUCGAACUAAUGCUUGGUUUACUUGAUCAAUUUAAUAGUAUUUUGGCACACCAAUUUUUACAGCAAUACUGGGAUACCUCCAGAUUUCUCCAGAUACCUAACUUGCACUGGUCUUGGAUUUAAAAAAAUUAAUUCCAACUACAUUUUGAUACUUGUCAGCACUUUUUAAACUCAGAACAGUGUGGAUUUUGUUUGUGCCACUCUCCUAAAAGCUGUUUCCUUCCUCCUCCUAAGAUUUGGAGAGAAGCUAGGGAUUUUCAGUGUUGUUUUGAUCCCUUAUUGAGACAAUGUUCUGAAAAAACAGUCUUAGCCCAGAGUCUUUAUUUGACCAUUUUGAGCCUGGUCUUUCAAACAGAAUGUGGCAAUUAAUUCAUCCUUGUAUAAAAGCGAUGUUUUGCCUUUAAAAGCUUACGGCCAUGUGUCUUAAAACAUGGUUGAAGUGCUUCACCUCAUAUGCUGUCAGUAGUAACCUAUCCUCUUCAGUACAUUACAGGUUUGAAAUAAAUCUCAUAAAUAAAUGUGUUAGCAGCUUUUAUACUGAACUGUAGCAGUACAAGAAAAUGAUUCUGCCUUCUUGUAGUUGAGAUAUUUAAGGAUAUAUGUUUUUGUUGUUUUACCUAAUCCUGUAGAAAUGUCAAUUUCUGUCAUAUUUCAUGUAAGGAUGGAGUUGCUAGGGUCAUAGUUAGCGCAAGUUGAACAGAUCUCUUGGGUGUUUUUCCCUCUGGAAAUAUAUGGAUAUCCAGAACUGCUGUCAACGUACUUGAGAAAGGAAGGAAUUACUGGUUGAGCAAGAAGUGGGAUCUAGCCGUCCCCUUUAAGAAAUGGAGUUUAGGGUCUGAAUGUAGUGACUCUUAAAUCCAAUGGUCACAUGAGUGCCUUAAAGUCUCCUUCUGAGAGUUUCAGCCAUAGUUUGAUGUUAAGAGCAUUUCUGGCUUUGGAUAAUGACAGCCUUUAGUACUGAACAGUGUCAAAUCUGUCUUGGCACCUGUAGAUUAGUAACAAUUGACCAAACGGGCCACUUUUUCUUUUUUUUCCUCGUAAGUGUCAAUGACCUAGCCCUAGUACUUUUUUGUUAAAAUAGGAUGCACAGUGUGUAUCUUUUUCCCUGAAAGAGAGGACAACUUUGAGUUGGUUAACAAGGCAGUUUAAUUUCAAAACCAGCAUGUCAUUUUCGCAGUAUGUUGUUGAGAUGUCUACACUUUUUCAAUUUACCCAUUCCAUUAAAGAUUGUAUGGAUACAGACUUGUAUCUGCAGCCUCUUUCCUCCUGAGCUCUUGAGCUACGGAAUCAACAGACCAUACAUUACCUCCCAUCCCAAUCCUUAGCGUAUUAAAUACCAUUCCAUAAAAAACAAAUGAAGAUAAUGUAAGGACCAGAUCACGUUUAUCACUGCUUGUCAUUUGUGUUAUUGCUUUGAAUUGGACCCAUUGAUACAUUGCGUUGCCUUUGUGCCUAUCAAGCUGCAACCUUGCUAAAUAAAUAUUAGUGAUCAAAUGGAAAUAAGACUACCAUGUUGGCUGCUUCAAUAAGAAGUGAGAGACCUAUUGUUCUUCACAUUUAUUGAACUACAUCUUCUGUAAUCGUUGACCAUUGGCUGUGUGCACUGUGGCUGAUGGGAACUAGACUCGAACAACAUGAGGCCCAUAAUUUCCCUCCUAUGCUUUCAUUUUUUACUGGCAAGAAUACAAUCUGCUUUAUUGGGAAUUCUGUGCACAUAUUUCCCAGUCUUUCAGCAUGUGAGAAAAUUGGGCAGCCACAAAUAUACACCCAAAAUUUGCUGAAGUUAAAACCUUUUAAGUAUUCUGACUAGCUGCUUAUAUAAAAUCCAGUCACACACUUUAACCAGUAUUCUUAAAUCGUUUUGGCCUCAUAUGUUACAGCAGAAUAAUACAGAUUAAAAGUUCAGCAUGUUCACCUCUGUGUGACUUGAAGUAGAUGCAAAUUUCCAAUGGUAGCUCCCUGCAGAAUGGUUUAAUGGCACAAUGGGAUGUGAAGUGUCAUCACAAUUGACCAUUAUGAGAUAAAAAGAUGCUUGCUAAAUUUUAAUAUGUGUCUGCUUCUACUGCAAUGUGUGAAAUUGUUAUUGACGUAGGUCUGAAUCUUUACAAGUGCUUGAACUGAAAGCAUGUUUCUAUUGCUUAAGGAUCAGUAAAUUGGAAUCCUUUGACUCCUUAAACAUUCAUGCAUUGUCGCAUUGUAAAUAGUGCAUUUUAUCAUUAAAACUCUGAAAUGAAUAUGUUAGAUUAUGAAGAGAGGUUAAUAUAGAUCAAGAGCUGGCAUUUUUGCCAUUGAAAUGAAAGACUGCUGUAUGGUGUUUGUUUGAAGGUAGAGGAUAUAGACCUUAAUGAACUGGAUGAUAUUGCAUCAUGAAAAGACUAGCGCCUCCUUUCAGUGUAAAAAUAAUCCUUGACCUUACCUGGGUUUUAGCUGAAGGGCCUAGAGAUAAGAGAAUUAAGGUCCAUCAAAGCAGCCGUGAUAAUCGAUAUUUUAAUUAUUGGUAUCAAUUUAUUUUUGGCCUUUUGUAGAUUAAGUAUAACUUGCAAAACGGACGCACAAUGCAGGCUUUCUGCUUUGGAGAGGAGGAACAAACAAACUGCCUUAAUUCGGAAGUGAUAUCCCCUUAAGUUUUCUCAGCACCAUAGAGUUAUGGUUAUAGCGGAGGUCUCCUAAUUUCAACCAUUUGUUGUUUGUUUUCCAAAUGGUUAUGAAUUGUUUAGUACAAGAGAUCAGCAUGCCUGCAAACAUCCUUCUGGGUUUACUUCCCCAGAGAGAGGAGGAGGGGUGGCAGGUGGUCUAAAAGCAUGCGUCUUGAUAAAUUGUGAUCGUUCCAAUUUGAUAUGCAUGCAGCUUACCAGCUGUCACAAGAUUUGCCAAAUGAAUGUCAGCCACCAGUCUUAAGGUUUCACUAGUCACAAAACUAUAGAACUUUCAGCAGUGUCAGGUUUUACACUGUUUGUAGGGAACAGUGACUUAAAAAUGAACCGUAAUUAAGCACGCACUCCUCAUUUUAGAAAAAUACCAUGAAGCAUCAUGGUGUGCACCAUGGCUUUGUGUGUUCAUGCCAUGCGGGGAUUAUGCCAGCAAUUUAGUUUAAUCGUUUCCCAGUUUACUAUAUUGGGAUGGAAUAGACCGAUUCAAUUUUCGAACAGUUUUCUCUUUGGACCAUCAUGACCUCAGUUUCAUUGAAAGGCAGCUGAUCAAAGCAGUAACCUGUUUAUGGACAUACUGCGAAAGCUAAAGAUGGAGAACAUAGGGCCCUUCAGAUGUUGUUGAGCUCUAAUCCCCACCUGUUUUAGUCAGAACGGCAGCUUCCGAGAGAGGAAGGGAAAUGUAGUUCCACAUCUGGAGGGCCAUAUAUUCCCCUGGCUUGUGCUAAUAACCAUUGUUGUGUAUUUUCCGACCUUAACAGAAACAAAGAUAGGUCUUGUGCAUAUGUUUCAGCAAAGCUAUCGACAGAUAAGAAGUGUCGCAUAUUUCUUCAAUUCUAAGAUACCUUUGAUUGUAAGACGCACACAAAUUCAGUACCCCCAAGAGAAAAAAGCUUUGAUUUUUUAAAUAUAUACACACACACACACACACACACACACACACACACACACACACACAUACAUACACACCCCUAUAAUCACCAGAGAUUCUAUGACGCACACUAUUUUUAGAGAUAUCUAAUGUGGGGGAAAGAGUACAUCUUAGAAAUGAAGAAACUGUUCAGAAAUGCACUUGUUAUGCUCAGCUAUGUUUAUUUAAAUUAGUAAGUUGGAAGUCAUACGUUGUGAUUUGAUAUUGACUUAUUUCAAAGAAUCCUAUUUAAAACAGGUCAGAUUCCUGAUUACCCAGCCCCUUCUAUUUGAAUAAGAGGGUAACACAGUCCUGAUCUUGUAACCACACAGAAAUAAAGGAUGGGGAUGCAAGUCUAAACUCUAUUGUGUUCAUUUGUUUGGUACUAAACCAAGCCUUCCUCUCUCAGGUGCUUUCAAGAUGUGGAAAUACUAUAAUUCCACCAAUCUAUCUACCUUGAGCACCAUGUUGUAGAGCAGUGAAGCCCAAACUCUCGCCCUCCAAUUGUUUUGGACUUCAGUUCCCAGAAGCCUCACUUGUUUUGACCAAUAAGCAGAGAUUGAGAGCUGAAAUUAAAAACACCUGGAAAACCAUAGUUUGAAGAGAUGUAUUAAACAACAGUUUGAGUAGGACAUAUGUUUUCAUGUUGGAAACAGACCAUUAUAUUGGUAUUAUUCCUUAGACCUAAAUCCAAUGUCACAUAACUUCUUUUCACUUCUUUGGCUCCAAAUAGCCUUAGAGCUGCAUAAAACUAGCUCCAGAAUUACAGACUGAAACAGUUUAGGUGUGAGUGGGAAGAGGAAUUCAUCUCCCAGACAGUUUUUGCUCUACUACUAGUAAAGAUCCAACCUUGAAUCCUGCUCUAUAAAAGCAGUGCAGUGAAAAGUACAGAAACAGUAAAGCAAUCAUAGUUUAAUGUCUGAUACGACUUCUUUGAUAAAUAUUUUUAUCAGUUGUACUUAUGCCUCAAAGACAUAUCUCAAGCUGUUAUCCUUAGGCAACAAUCCGCCAGCAACAAGAGUUUGUUUUUAUGAAAUAGAUUGCAACUAAUAUAUACGUUACAAAAUACUUUAUUUUACAGAGUUUCAAUUAAGAGUUAGUCCUAGAAUUGCAUGUUGGUUGAUGUCAGAAUUGAGUUAUCUAAUCCCAUGCUGACUACAUCCUUUACUAUGUUCACUUUCAUUUGUCUUCUAACUGCAGUUUUUAAAAAUAUCUAAUGUAUUUUGGAUAAACCUUUCCAUGACUGCCUGUCAAAUGUGGACUCUUUGUUCUUUUGGAAUAAAUAUAUAAUUUCCAUUAGGCAUUGAGUGUUUAAAUGUAUUUUAAGCAAUAGUUAUACCCUGCAGAUCCAGUCAUUAUAAAAGGAUUUUUUUAAAAACAAGAUUUUUGUAGAUAAGAGAAGAUUCAAUAUACUUUAAUAUUGUCGUUGAUAAAACAUAGGGAAAUACUUUGUUCAUAUUUUCCCCAUUAAUGACAAAGUUGACAUUUUAACUGAAUGUGGUUUUUAAUCUUCUUAAAAGACCAAACUCUACUUGGAAAGUACUUCUGGAAUCCAUGGCAAGCUCAUAUUCUGUAACCAUUGUGUGAAUAUAACAUUUACUGUAACAGCCAUUUUGAAUAAGUUGCCUUAUUCUGAUGCAAUGAACUUUCCCAUCUCAGCUGUUUUCCAUUCUGACAAUGGACGUGGUGUAAAAAUGUAUGUUUUGCAAGUUUAACAUAGUUGCUAAAUUAUUCAAUGAUCUUUGUAAAUAGAUUUAAUUUAUUUUUGUUAUUGAUGCGCUUCUGACCAUUUCCAUUCAAUCAAAUGAUGGAAGCCUUUACUGUAAUCAUUCCCAUUAAAAACUGUGUAAAAAAGUUUAUCAACUGCUUGCAUGAGUAAAUGUAAAAUUUUAAUUUUUUGUUGUAUGAUAAGCUUUUAUGUGUUUUCCUAGUUUUACCAUUGUUCUGUAUGAAUGAACAGAACAUUGACUUUUUCUAAAGAAACACCAAUGGUUGAUUCUCCCUCCCGUGCUUUUUAAUUCUGUAAACCUUUGCAACCUGUCUUAAUAAAGGGGUGAGAAACCUG